CGCGGAGUUGAAUUUCCUUGAUCGCAUAGAAUAAUCAUUAUUUGAUAGCUUCAAUGGGAUUGGACAUAAAAAAACAAUAUAAAAGACAUUUUUUUUUUAUUUUCUCCUUUCUUUUGUUUUUCUUUCUUCUACAAAACACAAAAAAAAAAAAAAAAAAAAAAUUCAAAACCCAAAAAAUCCAAAAAAAAUUAUUUGCUUCUUUUUGGCUGCUUCCUUAUUGGUAUCUUCUUCUUUCCGUUCGCCUGGUUCACGCAACAGAACACUCUCAUUUUUGUUUGUGAUUCUUGUUUCCCCGUGUUCCUUGCUGUUCGUGUCCUCGUUGUGCCUUUGGUUGUCUGUCCUUGCUGUCUGUCUGUCUUCCUUGCUGUCUGUCUGUCUUCCUUGCUGUCUGGAUCUCUC